AUGGCUAAUUUCAGGAAAACCCAACACGUUCGAUCUAUAAGUUUUCCGGCGAGAUCACAUCCGGCCACCAUUAAAGCAGAGGAAGAACUUAACAAGCUCAAAUCUUUGAUGAUUGUAUCUUCAUCUUCUUCUCUAAAGCUUGAUGGGAUUCUUUCGGGUCUGUUUGGUCUUUCCGAAUUGUACAAUUCGGUUGAAGAAGUUCUUCAAUUACCACUCACACAGACGGCUCUAAGGCAGAAUCAGUCGUCGCCGGAAUGGCUGAAUCGAGUUCUUGAAGAUUCAAUCAAGCACAUGGACGUAUGUUCUGGGACAAGGGAUUUGGUUAUAGUCUUGAAAGACAGUCUGCAGAAUAUCCAAUCUUCAAUUCGGAGAAGAAAAUCCGGGCUGGGAAGUGACGUCAGCAACUUCCAGCAAUCUAGGAAGAAGAUGAUGAAGGAGUCUGCAAAGCUCAAAUACUUUUCCGACAUGUCGGAAAAUGGAUCGGAGGAUCGGGACGAGCUGCAAUCGGCUGUGAUGAGGGUGUUGAAGGAAACGAGUGUGAUGACUUUGUUCAUGUUUCAAUCACUUUUGAGUUAUGUUUCGGGAACGGCGGCGGCGGGGUCGGGGAAAUGGUCGUUGGUUUCUAAGGUGUUGAAACAACAUGGGGAUUGUUCUGAAUUGGAUGAGAUGGAAAUGGUUUUGAAGAAAUUAAUGUUUAGUGGUGAUAAGAAGAAUGAUGAUUGUGGGAUGAAAUAUACAAUGGAAAAGUUGGAAGCUUUGAAUUUGGGUAUGGAAGAUGUUGAAGAUGGACUUGAUAGAAUUUUUAGAUGUUUGAUUCGUGAAAGAGUUACUCUUCUCAAUGUGUUAUCGUGUUAACAAUUUUGACCAUCACUUUGAGGAUGAAAGUGUGUAAUUAAUUCUCUUGUUUGUACAUGACAAUUGAAUGAAUAUAUUUGG